AUGAGCCACGAGAACUACGACCCUUCUUUCCCCGACCAACCUGUGGUCGACCGCUACCUUUCCGUUUGGGCUAAUCUACCGGCCUUCCGGUCGAAGCCGGCCUUCAUUUGGACCGAAGAUGGCUCGAGCCAUGCAGCCCUUACCUAUGCUCAGCUCGAUCACUCGGUGCAGUCUAUUUCUUCUCAGCUACUCAUUCCACUACAAAGAGGCGACACAGUUGUCGUCUUAUGCUCACCCGGACUCGAACUCGUUGAGAUCGUCUUUGGGUGCCAAAGGGCUGGCCUUCUGAGCGUGCCCGUUUUCCCACAAGACCCUUCUUCCGGCAAGCAGAACUGCCACCAUCUUAUUAGGGUUCUCUCACAAACAAAGCCCAAAGCUGCUAUAGCUCACCGAGAUUACAUCGCAAAUAUUCAGCGAUACAUUUCUUCAUCCUCCAACGACAAAAGGCUUGCAAAAAUGUUGCAAAAUCUCCUGUGGAUUUCCACGGAUGAUGUCAAAGAUAAAAAGGUACAUCUAAAAUGUUCUUCUAAUUCGUUGUACAAUGGUUGCGAACCGGACGAGGUGUAUUUGGUUCAGUACACUUCUGGCGCGACUGGGAUCCCGAAGCCGGUGCUUGUGACAGCAGGAUCGGCGGCGCACAAUGUUAGGGCGGCGAGAAAAGCCUAUGACCUUCAUCCAAACAGUAUAAUAGUCUCCUGGCUGCCUCAGUUCCAUGACUGCGGCCUCAUGUUUCUGCUACUGACCCUAGUUUCCGGCGCAACGUGUGUGCUAACAUCACCGGCGGCUUUUGUUAACCGGCCAAGGCUAUGGCUGGAGCUAAUUUCGGAGUUCAAAGCAACCUGUAGCCCAGUUCCAUCCUUCACGCUGCCACUUGUGGUCAAGCGUGGUGGGAUAGACAAAGGAACGCUGCCCAUUAAUCUAUGGAGUUUGGAAAACCUGAUUAUUAUCAACGAGCCUAUUUACAAGGCGCCAGUUGAAGAAUUUGUUCGUGUUUUCAAGCCUUUUGGGUUAAACCCAUCGUGUAUAUCUCCAUCAUAUGGGUUAGCAGAGAACUGCACCUUUGUUUCAACGGCGUGGAGAUCUUCAGGCAAUGGCGGCAAUUCUGCAACGUUUCCGAACAUUCCCACUCACAACAAGCUCUUGCCUAGUGCGAGGCUGGCUUCACGAUGUACGAAUGAAGAGGAAGACAUGAACAUUAUUGUCAUGAAUGAAGAAACACAAGAGCCGGUUGAGGAUGGGAUUGAAGGAGAGAUUUGGGUUUCUUCCCCAAGCAAUGCCUCCGGUUACCUCGGUCAUCCUCCCUUGACUCGCAAGGUGUUUCAAGGGAGACUCAGCAAUAAAGCGAGCCAGUGUUUUGUCCGAACAGGCGACAGAGGAAUUGUCAUCGGAGAAGAGAGGUAUCUCUUUGUGACCGGCCGAUGUUCCGACGUCAUCAAGGUCCACAACACUCCAGAAAUCCAUCCUCAUCGCAUAGAAACUACAGCUUACAAUAGUUGUCCGAAGCUUCUCAGAGGAGGUUGCCUCGCCGCGUUCGAGAUCUCAAGCGCAAUUGUGCUUGUGGCAGAGAUAUUGCAGAGAAGCGAUCAUGAAAAAGAUACAAGUCUACUGUUGAGGAGCUUAUGUGAAGGAAUCAAGAAAAAGGUUCGGGAGGAAGAGAAGAUUGAACUUGGGUCGGUGGUUCUUGUUAGAAAUGGAAAUUUGCCGAAAACUACUUCAGGGAAAAUACAAAGAUGGGCAGCUAAGGAGAAGCUCAUGGGUGGCAAAAUGAGCGUUGUAAUGGAGGUUCGAUUUGGCGAUCAUGCUAGUUUUCUCGCAGAAAGAGUAGUCCAUGAAAGCAAGGGAAACUGUGGAGGGAGAGAAGAGAUUUCUCUCUCACUAUUCACCGCUCCAAGCCGUCCGUCAUUGCUCUCUCUCUUAUGA